AUGAUAAUUUUUUAUCAAGCGUUAAUUGAACCUCACUUGGAAUUGCCUUUAAAAACUUGCUUAUGUGAUUUGUUGGGCGUUGCCGGUCGACGCGUGCCGGAAGGACCCUCAAGGGCCGAAGUUUUUCCUUUUUUUUCUUUUUCUUUAUCCGCGUGCGUUUACGCGUACGUUCUACACAAUGCGUACGUAUGUGCACAAAUUGUUAAAUCGAUGUUUAGUUUAAUAUUAGAAAAAUAA